AUGGCAGACGGCGAGAACUUCGAGGAGGAUCUUUUCGCCGACCUUUACGACGAUAACGAUGCCGCUAAGGCCCCGGCACCUGCAGCACCUGCAGCAGCGCCUGCUCCUCCUCCACAACCUGCCGCGCCCGUCGAGGAGGCUCCCCAGCCCGAAUUCCAUGAUCAAACGAAUUCGACCAGUGUUCAGCCCGUAGCUGUAGCGCCCACGACUAACUAUGACCAAGAUGAUGAUGACGACGAUGAUGUUGACUUUAAUCUGGGCGGUGGUGGCUCCGUGGCACCCCAAAACGCCGCUCCUCAUCAGGAGGACGCGCAUUCUCCCCCUUAUGGGUCUGUGCACAAAGCCAGCGCGAAAGAAGACGGGAAAAUGUUUAUUGGUGGAUUGAACUGGGAGACAACAGACCAAUCUUUAAGGGACUAUUUUUCACAAUUUGGAGAGGUAGUGGAGUGUACGGUGAUGCGGGAUAGCAGCACUGGGCGUUCGCGAGGUUUCGGUUUCCUUACUUUCAAGGACCCCAAGACAGUCAAUAUUGUCAUGGUCAAGGAGCAUUUCUUGGACAAUAAGAUCAUUGAUCCAAAGCGGGCCAUUCCUCGGGAUGAACAAGAAAAGACUAGCAAGAUCUUCGUCGGAGGCGUGAGCCAGGAAACUACGGAUCAAGAGUUCAGAGACUACUUCGCUCAGUUUGGACGGGUCGUGGACGCCACCCUGAUGAUGGAUAAGGAUACCGGACGACCUAGGGGCUUUGGCUUCGUAACCUUUGAGAGCGAGGCUGGCGUGGAUGCCUGCAUCAACGUGCCUCUCGAGAUCCAUGGCAAGCCUAUCGAAGUCAAGAAGGCACAGCCUCGUGGCAACAUGAGGGAAGAAGAGGAGGCAUCCAAGCGGAUGAAGUUCCAGAGGGGCAACGAACAACAGGGCCAGGGCGGCGGCAUGGGCCAGGCCAUGGGUGGUGCCAACAACGGAAUGACUCCCCAGGUCAUGGCACAGUACUUCCAGCGUAUGCAGCAGUACUUUGCCAUGAUGCAGUCACAAAUGGCCAUGAGGGGGAUGCCGAUGAACCCAGCCAUGAUGCAGAACAUGAUGCAGAUGCAACAGAUGCAGCAGAUGAUGGGCCGCGGCGGGGGUCAGAACAUGAUGAACAACAUGACUCCCCAGAUGAUGCAGCAGAUGCAGGCAAUGCAACAACAGAUGAUGCAGCAGCAGGCCGGCGGCCAAGGGGACGGUAGCCAGAGCGGCGGCUACGGCGGACAGAACAACCAGCAGCAGCAGCAGCACUUUGGGGGCGGCGGCGGCGGUGGCAGACGUGGUGGCCGUGGAGGAGGUUACGGAGGAGGUUACGGCGGCCACGGAGGAGGAGGAGGAGGAUACGGAGGAGCAGCAGGCGGCGGCGGCGGAGCGCAGCAGUCAUGGGAAGGCAUGUACGACGACGUUCCUCAACGAGCGGACGGCCAGAACGCGCCCCCGGCCAACGCACCAACCGGACCCAAGAACGCGGGCAAGCCUGGCGCCAACUACCGGGGCGGCGGCCGUGGUGGAAACCGAGGCUUCCACCCGUACUCGCGAUAG